CAGGGCCGGUGUCGGUGUGAUGAAGAUUGGCGGGCAGGUACUGGUUGGCUGGGAGGACCAUGGAAAAGCUGGAAUAACAACCAUGUAGAAGGCAAUGAAACCCGGGUUGUAGCAGUAACCCUCAGUGAGAUCUUACACCGAGGAUUCACCAUCCCCCAGGAGCUGAAAAGGACGGGGCAGGACUGUGCCAACCUCCAUCCUCUGUGGAUAGAGCAUCAACGAGCACACCUUCGUUUGCUGGACACGGCCCGGUUGUGAUUCCCAUCCAGAAAAUCUAGUUUUUGGGGAGGUGGGAGGACACUUCCAGGGCAGUGUCUCCCUGAGCACCCCACAAACAGUUCUCGAUGUGAGUCCCACCCAGGAUGCACCAUGUCUCCCCAGCACCGGCUCUGACGAUGAUGGCCACCCAGACAGUGCCUCCUCCUCCCUACCAAGACACCCCACAGAUGACAGCCACAGCCCAGCAGCCCACCAAGGCACAGCCCGUGCAUCUCGCCACGCCGGCGGCCGCCGCCAACACUCCGGUGCCGGCCACGGGCGGAGACCCCCAGGCGCAGCUGGAGGCCGACAAGAGGGCUGUCUACAGGCACCCACUGUUCCCGCUGCUGACGUUGCUCUUUGAGAAGUGCGAGCAGGCGACGCAGGGCUCUGAGUGCAUCACCUCAGCCAGCUUCGAUGUCGACAUCGAGAACUUUGUCCACCAGCAGGAGCAGGAGCACAAGCCCUUCUUCAGUGAUGACCCCGAGCUGGACAACCUGAUGGUGAAGGCGAUCCAGGUGCUGCGCAUCCACCUCCUGGAGCUGGAGAAGGUCAAUGAGUUGUGCAAGGACUUUUGCAACCGCUACAUCACCUGCCUCAAAACCAAGAUGCACAGUGACAACCUACUCAGGAAUGACCUGGGGGGGCCCUACUCCCCCAACCCCUCCUCCAUCAGCCUCCACCCCCAGGAGAUGCUGCAGAGCUCUCCAGCAGCCCUGCCACCCGCCUCCAACCCACCGCCGGGCAUCGUGGUGCCCGCGGCCGCGCUGCCACCGGGCAACCUGGCCAUGAGCACCGGCAGUGGCUCGCCCGCCGUGCCAGGUGGAGCCCUGUACCAGCCCGUGACCAUGGUGACGUCGCAGGGCCAGGUCCUCGCCCAAGCCAUCGCCCCCGGUGCCCUGCAGAUCCCCAACGCCCAGGUGAACCUGGAUCUCACCUCCCUCCUUGACGGUGAGGACAAGAAGUCCAAGAACAAACGGGGCGUCCUGCCCAAACACGCCACCAACAUCAUGCGCUCAUGGCUCUUCCAGCAUCUCAUGCACCCCUACCCCACAGAGGAUGAGAAGAGGCAAAUUGCUGCCCAAACCAACCUGACCCUCUUGCAAGUCAACAACUGGUUCAUCAAUGCCCGGAGGCGCAUCCUGCAGCCCAUGCUCGAUGCCAGCAACCCGGAUCCUGCCCCCAAAGCCAAGAAAAUCAAAUCUCAGCACCGGCCCACGCAGAGGUUCUGGCCCAACUCCAUCGCUGCCGGGGUCCUGCAGCAGCAGGGUGGCAAUUCAGGGACAAAUCCUGACGGCUCGCUCAGCAUGGACAACCUCCAACCCCUCUCAUCAGCCACAGCCACCAUGGCCAUGCAGCAGGCCAUGCUGGCAGCCCACGAGGACUCCCUGGACGGCACUGAGGAAGAGGAGGAGGAUGAGGAGGACGAGGAUGAGAUGGAGGAGGAGGAGGAAGAGGAGGAAGAGCUCGAGGAAGAGCCCGGUGGCCUCCCAGCAGCACCCGGCGCUGACCUUGGCUUGGACCACAGUGACUCGCUGGAAUAGCUCCUCCUGCACCCUCCCCAAAUCACUUGACACCACCGGACACAAAACUCCCCCCCCCCAACUUCAAAAUGCCAAAAAAAAAAAAAAAGGCAAGAACAAAAAAAAUUUCGGGAGAGAGAAGCAAACUGGCAGCGCCGGCGGCUGCCCCGGCUGCCCACGGGAGCGCGGGCACCACCCCGCCGGCGCCUGGAAGUGAAGGACACAUGUUUACAAAAGGCACAUAUUGUGGCCAAAAUUAAUCUUUUAUUUCAGGUUUUUUGUUGUUGUUUUUUUUUUUUCCCUUUUUUUUUUCCCCUUUCAUUUCUUUGGUAAGCAGAAGCGUUUUUAGGGAACGGCGUUUUCCCCGCGCGACGCUCGGGAUGCCGCCGGGCGAGGGCGGGUUUUUCCACCGCGGGUUUUCCACCCCCGUCCAUCCCUUGGAUUUCUUGGAGCGAAGGAAAAACCACACCGACCCCGGGACUUGAUGCUUUUUGGGUUUUUUUCCCCCAAAAAGGUUAUUCACAGGCAUAAAUAUCAGCACGGAGGGGGAAGAAAAGCAACCGGCGAGUGCAAGUUCUGCUGGAUCUGAGGAGGGUUUGGUGCUCAACCCUCUGGAUCGCCCAAACCUCCCCACUUUGCCCCCGAUGCUGCGGCUGUUUGGUGACUCCGGACACAACUUUCUGGAAAAGGGAGGAAGUUCCUCCAAAUCCUUUAAUUUAUGUGCUAAAAACCCCGUUGAAUCUGGAAAAAAAAACCCCAACUCACCCCAUUCUCGUCCUUAAGGGACGCAGAGAUGGGGCAAAGGCUGCCAGGAGUGAAACUUUUCCAAGGAGCUUUGGCACUGAUUCAGGAAAAAAAAAGGGGAAAAAGAUGAGUUUAAAAAAAAUGCAAGAUUUCACCCAAAAUUGAAUGGCGACCCCCCCGCCCCGGAUUCGCAUGGGUGGAAGGAAUCUCAAUAUUGUUGCUUGAAAGAUGGUUUCUCCCUGGAAUUGUCCCUCCACGUGGGAAAAUGGUGGAGUUUUAGCACCAUGGGGGGAGGGCAACUGCCAAAAACCCUGAAUUUGUUUGUUUGUUUGUUUUUUAAUUUUUCAAUGCUAACAAAAGGGUGUAUUUCGCCUUAAAAUGUGGCAUGGGAGGAAACGCGAAAGCAAACCAGGGCAAAAAUAAAGGAAUUUUCUUCUGCA